ACAGUACAGGGAUGACCAGAGACUGCGGACACAGUACAGGGAUGACCAGAGACUGCGGACACAGUACAGGGAUGACCAGAGACUGCGGACACAGUACAGGAGAUGACCAGAGACUGCGGACACAGUACAGGAGAUGACCAGAGACUGCGGACAUAGUACAGGGAUGACCAGAGACUGCGGACACAGUACAGGGAUGACCAGAGACUGCGGACAGGAGAUGACCAGAGACUGCGGACACAGUACAGG